AUGGAGCCAUCCUGUAAGGAAGUGAAAAGUGAAAGUCUCUACAAAACAUAUUGGCUCUAUUGGCUACUUUUGGGUGUCGAGGGCGAGCAUCCAUUCCGAUGGAUACUGGACUUUGUAAUCACCUUUUUCUUCACGUUUUGGUAUCCCGUUCAUUUAAUCCUCGGAGUGUAUAAUAAGCCGAUGGUACAAGUCUUCAGGAGUCUACAUUUCCUAGCAGAAUGUCUCUUCUGCAGCUUGAAAUUUAUCUGCUUUCGAUGGAGACUUUUAGAAAUAAAGGAUAUCGAAAGAAUUCUCCAGGAUUUGGAUAAGCGAGCUGAGAGCCAAGAAGAACGCAGAUACUUUGACCAAGGGCCGAGACGUGAAGCCCAAAUGCUAUCGAAAGGCUAUUUGGUGGCUGCCACAUCUUCCAUAAUCACUGGGACUGCUGCUGGUUUAUUUAGUAGUGGUCGAAAUUUAAUGUAUUUGGGUUGGUUUCCUUAUAAUGUCCAAGCCACCGCAUUGGUUUUUUGGAUUAGCUUUGCUUAUCAAGCUAUUGGGUCCAGUAUGUUGAUUAUGGAAAAUCUUGCCAACGAUUCAUAUCCUCCAAUUACCUUUUGUGUGGUCACUGGUCAUGUGAGACUUUUGGCCAUGCGUUUAAGUAGAAUUGGGCAUGAUGAGCAGGUAUCAAUGGCUGAAAAUAACAGGAAGCUCAUCGAAGGAAUAAAGGAUCACAGGAAACUAAUGCGAAUAAUUUGCUUGCUUCGCAGAAUUUUAUAUCUUACGCAACUUAGCCAGUUCCUUUCGAGUGGAAUCAACAUUGCAAUAACGUUGAUCAACAUCCUGUUUUUUGCGGAAAAUAACUUUUCGAUGACUUACUAUGCUGUCUUCUUCGCGGCCAUGUUUAUAGAACUAUUUCCAAGUUGUUACUACGGAACUCUGAUGACGAUGGAAUUUGAUAAAUUACCAUACGCAAUUUUCUCGAGCAAUUGGAUUAAAAUGGAUAGAGGAUACAAACGAUCCUUAAUAAUCCUGAUGCAGCUUACGAUGGUUCCGGUGGAUAUUAAAGCUGGAGGGAUUGUUGGCAUCGACAUGAGUGCCUUCUUUGCCACAUGUCGAAUGGCCUAUUCCUUUUUCACCCUAGCCAAAUCGUUUCGAUUCUAG